AUGUUCACGCCACAGGGAAAACUGCGGAUGCCUCCGGCGAUAACGCCGAGAAGCGAGACGCGCGGUGUUUCUAACCCUAGGAACAAUGACAGGAAGGGAAAGGCGAUUGCGUUCAGCGAGGACCCAGUAAUUUCGUCUCUUCCGCCGCCUCCGAUUGGAACUCUGGCCGGAGAAGGCCUUUCCAGAGGCCAGGCUGAUGAAUUGGAUAUGGGUGAUUGGAGGAGGUUUAGGGAAGUGGGUUUGUUGAACGAGGCGUCAAUGGAUAGGAAAGAUCGAGAAGCGCUUCUUGAAAAGAUCUCAACACUCGAAAAGGAGUUAUAUGGCUACCAACACAAUAUGGGACUUCUUCUUAUGGAAAACAAAGAGUGGGUUUCGAAGCAUGAGCAACUAAAUCAGGCAUUCCAAGAAGCUCAAGAAAUCCUCAAAAGGGAACAGUCGUCACAUUUGUACGCGUUGACGACUGUCGAACAACGCGAAGAAAACUUGCGAAAGGCCUUGAACGUGGAAAAGCAAUGUGUGGAAGUGCUUGAAAAGGCUCUUCGUGAAAUUCAGGAAGAGAAUAGCAAGAUAAGGCUCACUUCUGAAGCUAAAUUAGCUGAAGCAAAUGCUCUGGUUGCUAGUGUUAACGGGAGAUCUUCAGAUGUGGAAAACAAGAUUUAUUCUGCAGAAAGCAAACUCGCAGAGGCAACUAGAAAGAGCUCCGAGCUGGAAAUGAGAUUGAAGGAAGUGGAGACUCGUGAAAGUGUCUUGCAACAAGAGCGGCUUUCAUUUGCUAAAGAGCGAGAAUCAUAUGAAGACAUUUUCCACAAGCAAAGAGAGUACCUUCGUGAAUGGGAGAAAAAGCUUCAAGAAAAGGAAGAGUCGAUGCCUGAACAGAAGAGAGGCCUGAAUCAAAGAGAGGAGAAGCUUAAUGAAAAAGAAAAAAAUCUGAAGCUGAAAGCGAAAGAACUUGAAGAAUUGGAUAGAAAGGUUAGUUUGUCUAUGUCAAAGCUUAAGGAAUCGGAAGAGGAUAUGAAUCAGCGACUACAAGAAUUGACUGCGAAAGAGAAAGAAUCUUGCACACUCCAGAGCAUGCUAGUGGCAAAGGAGAGGGAGUUACAAGCACUUGAAGAGAAGCUUAUUGCUAGAGAAGGGACAGAAAUUCAGAAGCUUAUUGAUGAUCAAAAGGAGGCAUUAGCUGCUAAGAUGCUGGAAUUUGAACUGGAAUGUGAAGAGAGAAGAAAAUCUCUGGACAAGGAACUUCAGAGAGAAAUAGAAGAAGUUGAACGACAGAAAAUUGAAGUUGAUCAUAGCGAGGAGAAGUUGCAGAAAAGAAAUCAAGCAUUGAAUAAGAAGUUUGACCGAGUGAAUGAAAAGGAGAUGGAGCUUGAAGCAAAGGUUAAAACUGUUAAAGAAAAAGAAAAACUCAUUCAAGCUGAGGAGAAAAGGUUAAGUUUGGAAAAGCAACAGUUACUUUCUGAUAAGGAGAGCCUUCAGGAUUUACAACAAGAGAUUGAAAACAUUCGAGCUGAGAUGAUGAAAAAGGAGGAAGUCAUUCAAGAAGAACACAAAAGUCUUGAAAUCAAGAAAGAAGAGAGGAAAGAGUACCUGAGACUGCAAUCUGAACUCAAGUCACAACUAGAGAAAUCGAGACUCCACGAGGAGUAUCUUUCUAAGGAAGUUGAAAAUCUGAAGCAAGAGAAAGAAAGGUUUGAAAAGGAGUGGGAAAUAUUGGAUGAGAAGCAGGCAGAAUAUAAUAAAGAGCGAAUGAGAAUUUCUGAAGAAAAAGCAAAGUUUGAGAGGUUUCAACUGCUGGAAGGAGAACGAUUGAAGAAAGAAGAGAGUGCUUUGAGGGUUCAGGUAAAGCAGGAACUGGAUGAUAUAAGACAGCAGAGAGAAUCAUUUGAAGCCAAUACGGAACAUGAGCGUUCAGCUUUACAUGAAAAAGCCAAACUUGAGCAUUCUAAGGUGCUUGAAGAUCUUGAAAUGAUGAGAAGGAAUAUUGAAAUUGAACUACAGAAAAAAAAAGAACAAGAUGAGAAAGAUCUACUAGACAGACUGGCUCAGUUUGAGGAUAAAAGAAGGAAAGAGCUUAGUGAUAUCAAUCACCAGAAGCAGGUUUUGAAUAGGGAGAUGGAAGAAAUGGUGUCCAAAAGGAGUGCUCUCCAAAAGGAAAGAGAAGAAAUUGCGAAGCACAAGGAGAAACUGAAAGAUCAGCAAGUAGAGAUGCAUAAUGACAUCAGUGAACUUAGUACACUUAGCACCAACCUCAAGAAACGUAGGGAAGAGUUUGCCCGUGAAAGAGCUCGGUUUCUGGCAUUUGUUCAAAAGCUCAAGGAUUGUGAGAGUUGUGGGCAGCUGGCGAAUGAGUUUGUGCUCUCUGAUCUCCAACUACAAUUUAACGAAGAAGAAGCUAUUCUACCACCUAACGGAGUUUUGAGUGACCUUCCAGAAAGCUCUGAUGCGUCUGACUCAUGUAAUAUCAAGAAAUCUCUAGACAGAGAUGCCUCUGGGAGCGGGGGAUCUAGAAGGCCUAACAUGUCGAUAUUACAGAAGUGCACUUCAAUACUUUUCUCACCAAGUAAAAGAGCUGAGCAUGGGAUUGACACAGGCAAGUCUGAGCAGCAUCCAUCCUCCUCAGUGGCAGUUACUAUGGAAACAAGAGGUGAAAAACCUCUGCCAGUUGAUCUCCGACCUCGUCCAUCUAGUAGCUCAAUUCCGGUGGAGGAUGAGGAGGAAUAUACAGACAGUCGAGUACAAGAAACUUCUGAAGGUUCUCAGCUAUCUGAGCUUCAAAGUGCCAGGCGUGGACGUGGACGUGGACGUGGCAGGCCUAGAAAGCCCAAGCCUGCUUUGAAUCCUACAAGUUCGGUCCAGUAUGCCAGCCCUGAAGUGAGUGGUCACGUUUCCGUUACUAGCGAGAAGACAACAGGCAGAGGUGGAAGGAAAAGACAGCAUACUGAGGAUACAACUGCUACUGGUGGGCGUCGUAAGAGACAACAGACAGUUGCUGUCUUGCCGCAGACCCCUGGCCGAAAACACUACAAUCUUAGGGGGAACAGAACCGUAGACCAAGUUCCAGCGGAUGUUGAAGAUAAAGCAGCUGGUGGUGAAGAUGAUGCAGACAUUGCUGCCUUUGCGCCAUCGAAGGACAAUGUCGAAGAAACUAGUGAAUCGGUGGUGGGAUCUCUUCGAGCUAGAAGAUUAGAAAGUUCGGAAGUUAGGGUCGAGAGAGUUGUAACGGUGGAAACAAUUACAGAUGCUGAUGCUGCUAAUAACAAUGUGGGUGUUUCGGUUGAAAAUGCGCAACUAGCAGCUAAUAUCGCGAGGGGUCCCUCUGUUGAAGAUGAUCAGAAGCAGGGAACAGUAAAUGAGGAUAAGAAUGAAGAAUAUGAGGAUGGAUAUGAACAACUAGGUGAGGUUCAAGAUGAUGAUGAGGAUGGUGAUGGUGAUGAUGAUGAUGAUGAUGAUGAUGAUGAUGAUGAUGAUGAUGAUGAUGGAUCACCAAGACCGGGUGAAGGAUCCAUAAGAAAGAAGCUGUGGACUUUUCUCACGACGUAA